AUGGCUGGUACGAUGAAAAAAGUCGACAAGAUUCGUCAAAUCGUGCGGUUGAAACAACUCAUGACACGGUGGAAACAAAUCAGCCUCCGACGUUGUUCUCUUCGUUCCGAAACAACCACCGAACCAUGUGUCAAUCCUCGAAGACAACCACCUUCAGGUUUUGUUUUCGUUUACGUCGGAUCGGAACGACACCGUUUUGCUAUCCCCGCUCGAUUCCUCAACUUUCCUGUCUUCGCUGGUCUUCUCGAUGUAACCGAAGAAGAGUUUGGUUUACGAGGUAACGGCGGUUUGGUUCUUCCUUGCCACGUGAAUUUUUUCACGGAAAUCGUCAAACGGCUUCAUAAGAAUGAACAUAAGUACGGGAAGCUGUCUUUGGAGGAGUUUGUGAAGAUGCUCUCUGAGGUGACUUUGUUAGAGUCUUGCAAGGAAAAGGAAAACGUCGUCGUUUUGGCUCCUUUGUUGGAGAGAGCUUUUGUUUAG